GUUGAAUAAAGCUUACAUAGAGACACACAAAAAGCAAACACACUGUGUUUCUCAUGAUGUGGAUGACCUUCCAUGUUGACUCCACAAAUAUGAACAACUAUAUUGUCCUCCAGAUGCUCCACGGCGGGCCUCUGUGUCAGUGAGUCCAUCUGCUGAGAUAAUGGAGGGAAGUUCAGUGAAUCUGACCUGCAGCAGUGAUGCUAACCCAGCAGCUAACUACACCUGGUACAGGGAGAAUGAAGACUCACCAAAAGCAUUGGGACAGACCUUCACCAUCACUCACGCCACACCAAAACACAGUGGGAAAUAUUACUGUGAAGUCAGAAACAGCAGAGGACACCGUAACCGCUCCUUAGAUUUGAUCAUUGUGCCUGGACCUUUGAAAUCAGCAGCUGUUGGAUCAAUCACUGUUAUUGUUCUGGUUAUCAUAUUCCUGUCUGCCUUUCUAUUGAUUAGAAGACAGUGGUCCUUGAAAAAAACCUCAGAGUCCAGAGAGAACGCGGAUAAUACAGCACAGCAGGAUGUAGACCCACAAUACGACAUCCCUUCACCUGCAGUGAAGAGAGAACCGGCAGAGCAGCAGGACGACCUUUACUACAGCAGUGUUCGUUUCUUUAAGAAGCAGGAAGAUCCCCUCUACUCCAACAUUAUGCUAGCUUGGCCCAACAAACAAAAGGAGGAAGAGGAGGAGGAUGUGGAGUACACUGCUGUCAACUUUAACAAUGGCAGUCCAGGACGGAGUCGUCAGGAAGCUGUGGAGAACCCGUCAGCAGUGUACAGCACAGUCAACAAAAACCACAGACUAUGAACACAAAUCUAUGUCCCUCUUCUAACCCUACAUGUUUGAUGUUUCCAUGAAGAUGUUACAGCAGUUUAGACAUGUAGACAGAGAAAACAGAGUUUGUGCUGGUGUUUACCUUGUAAACAGGACUUUACAGAUAUUUAUGUAUAAACAGUCUCAAUCAGUUCACACAUGUGGUUCCUUGAUGCACCGUUGUUGGUAGCCUAGUCUCACUGAAGCAAUGUAUUUUUGAAAAAGUUACCAUGUAUAUAGCGAGCGGAGAGGACAAAGCUGUAGCCUAAUGGAACCUGUAAUAGCUUUUUUUCUUCUUCCUGGCCUCUGAUUGGCCAAUAUUGCUCUGGAGUUUAGGCUUAUAUCACCGCCUCUUGGCUCACCAUGCUCUGAACGAUGCUAGUUUUGUGUUUAUAUGUGGAGGGAGACUUUCUGGGGGAACAGUAGAGAAAGAACCCUUUUUGUUGAAGAAAAAAAAACUUGUGUAUGUGUGGACUAGGCCUUAAAGUGAUUUUUAUUUUCUGUGUUUUGUUUUGUGUUUUCAGUACGUGGCUUAUUUUACACCCUUUCAUCCUCUUUGGCAAUACUUUCAUAAACUGUCUUGACUGCACUGAUCUAUAUUGUUGAUAUUCUACUAAAUAAACAGAUUAAUUUAAUAAGUAGACCAUUCAGAUGUCAUGUUAUGUAUGUUAUAAAGAAAAUAAAUGAUAGAUUAUUGUGUAGAAACAGCAUCAAUAACUUUUUAAGAAAUUUUUAAGCAUGGUUGUAUGCAGACGACUGUGUUCUGUAUUUCUUGCUUUUUCUUGUUUAAAUGUUUUAGAUGAAUAAAGUCUCCUCUCCUGUCCACUGUGUUUACAACCAUCAACAGACACAUUUAAGAGCUCUGAAUAAUAAAUCAAGAAACGGUGCAUCGCUGCUUUAAAUUUGGCUUCCAGAAGGAUAAACAGGACCAUGUCACUGGUAUUGUCCACCACAUUAA